CUGUGACUUGGCCUUUGCGACGUCUGUCUGCCUGCCGUCGUUUCAUUGGUUGUUUGAUGAGGGGAUUAACGCCAAAACGCACUACUUGCAAUGAAUCACAGUGGAGACUAAAUAGGAGCUAAUACGAAUUCAGCACUUUAGUUCAUUUAUUACAAGAAGUUAGAUUUUCACUAAUAGCGGCACACAUCUGUUGUUCGUGUUUUUACAGGGAAUUCCAAAUACAAGUUUCGGACAUAUCCCGAAGUGUUUCUACAAGUGUUUUGAACAAGGAAAUCGUUUCAGGCUAACGUUAUGUAGCAAGCUAAUCUCAUUUAUCCACUAGUUAAACUCAGCUAGCUUAGCUAACAUUGUUUCUCAGACUGUGACAAAUCCUACACUAAGGUAUGACCGAGUACAAACUUGUGGUAGUCGGGGCCGGAGGUGUCGGGAAGAGUGCUCUCACCAUUCAGCUCAUCCAAAACCACUUCGUUGAUGAAUAUGAUCCAACCAUCGAGGACUCGUAUAGAAAACAGGUGGUGAUUGAUGGAGAGACGUGUCUGCUGGACAUCCUGGACACUGCUGGUCAGGAGGAGUACAGCGCCAUGAGGGACCAAUAUAUGAGGACAGGAGAGGGCUUCCUCUGUGUCUUUGCUAUCAACAAUACCAAGUCCUUUGAGGAUGUUCACUUGUACAGAGAGCAGAUCAACAGGGUGAAGGACAGUGACAGUGUUCCCAUGGUGCUGGUGGGGAAUAAGAGCGACCUGAGCACCCGCACAGUGGAGACGCGACAGGCGCAGGAGCUGGCACGAAGCUAUGGAGUACCGUUUAUCGAAACCUCAGCUAAAACCAGACAGGGUGUGGAGGAAGCCUUUUAUUCGCUGGUACGGGAGAUCAGAAGAUACAAGGAGACCAACCGCAGCAACAAAAAGAGCAAGAAGAACACUCAGAGACGUUGCUUAAUUCUAUAGCAAACCACACUCACCAGCAUCCCUCCCAGCACUUGGUUCCCUGCUCACACACUGCGCCUUCCCUGUCACCAUGGAGAUGUCUAACACACCUCCGGGCAGGUAGGCAGGUGGGGGUAAAGUCCAGUUUUACUGCUGUCACAGUUUCCACCUACAGUAAGUUGCCAUUUAUUCAUCCAAUGUGCAGUUUCCGUUUAACGCUGUGAAUUAAGUAGUUUUUGUUUGUUUAGAUGGGCCAACAGCUAGAAACUUUGUUUUUGUUAAGGUCAGCAUUAGUGAAAAAACUGAGGUCCGUGGUGAAAGUCCACCACCCCCGCCCCCCACCCCCACAAUAAGAGAAUUUGUCCAAAAUGAUAAUUCUUUUUUUUUUUUCUAACUGUAAAUGUCUGACCAGUGAAACAGUUGAUGGUGCACUUUGCACUGUCCCAUCAGGAGGGGCGAUGAACCCAAAUCUCCACCAUUAGACCUUCCCCCCCCCUUUUUUUUUUUUCCACAGAUUGGUGUGUCCUCUGGGGCUUGAAACACAACAGCAAUAUCUAGUUUAGUUUUCAGAUUUUCUCACAAAGACCAUGCUGUAGUAGGAUAUGAUCCAGUCUCAAAGCCACAAAAUUGUGUUUUAGACUCCUAGGUGCACUUUAUUCAUUUCCUGUUGUGUGUUUAUUUUAGAAUUUUUAAUAUUAGUUAGUGCCAUUUUAAACAACUUUUCAGGAAUACGGUGUUUUAUCAGGACCAGAGGAAUAAAAGACAGCUGUGGCAGAUGAUCCGUUGAGAUUUGAUGGCUGUAAAAGUUCACAGCCUCAUUAACUUAUUGUUUGAAGUAUCAGCCUUGUUUGCUCCAAAGUCCACCUUUUAAUGCAAGUUUUACAUCAGUCCUGGCGUUGGUGGUGGACGCAGCUCUAAGUCACUAUGUUCAAGCAUUGUUUAUGCUACACCACUAUUUCCAAAGCAUGUGGCAUGUGCAAAUAUACAAUGUGGUACAUUUAAACCAAUGCUGAAACCAGUGUUUAACUCAGUGGGAAAUCUCCCAGCGACAGUCAUGUUAUCAGAACGUACCUUAUGCUGGAUGAUAAUAUUUAGGGCAACCACUUUUUAUAGCAUUGUUUGUCUUCUUUGAUAAUUACCAUCACCCUAAACGUAGUGGAUUGUUAAAUUUAUAUUUUUGUAGCAUUACAAACAGCUUCCCCCAGUUUAAAACUUCUCCGUUAAAACAGCUGUUUACCAACGUACUGAGAUUAUAUCAAAAUUCAAGGAGCAAUAUUUCAGUCGAAUUGCAAUGCAGCAGAAGUGACUCCACCCGGGAAGGAUUCAUACUUUGCUAUGGUGUUAAAUAUGCAGCAACUCUAAAAUACAUGUACAUAAUUAGAUCUGAACAGUUCUCACUGAAAGCAAUGGAAACCCUGUUAUGCAGUCUGCUGUAAU